AUGCACUUCCAUCCUGUGAAGUUGCUGAUCACCUUUGCCGUCAUCGACGUUGUCACGGGACAAUCCAACUCGCCUGGUGGAAGCGAUCCUACCACAACCGCGGCAGGUGUGACUACCACCACGAUUGCUCCGAGUGAAAACACGAUGUGCCCACAAAACCAAGUGAUAACCGAUGCUGUAAGGAAUACAUUCCUAACACGAUUCAAUCAGAUAAGAUCACGAGUUGCUCGAGGUCUUUUCGUCACUAGUUCAGGAGUGUAUGCUCGUCAGGCAUCGAAAAUGAUAAGGCUUACCUACAGUUGCCCCGCAGAGACCAGUGCCAACAACUGGGCUGUACGGUGCCAGAACAUGGACUCGGGGACAACUGCUUAUGCUGAAACCAGAUACAUUUAUCAGGGAACUACUGCUGUCUAUGACACCGUCGCGAGAACGGCUGUGAACUCUUGGAGGGAUGAAGUAAAUACUGGACGUCUGCCCAUGUCUGGGACGACACCACAGUAUAUUUACCAAACAAAUCUUGGAAUACCAAAUUUUGCAAAGAUGGUUUGGGACACUGAGAGGCAAGUUGGCUGCUCGAUAACAAGAUGCUCUACAUUUACGAACGUGGUUUGCCACUUUACUCCAAGAGGAGGUAUUGCUGGCACUCCAAUGUACAAGGACACUUCUUUUACACGGAAAAGAGAAAAGGCCGCUAACUUCACAAAGCAAACUCCCAGAACCAUCAUCGACUGGGAGUUCUUCGCUUCGUUUGUCGGCUUUUGGGAAGAUGCCGUCAUGGACAACAUCGACGACGAAUAUGGACGGCUUGUAGAGGAUCUUCAGGAUUGUACGAGGAAAGCGAAGAGUUUCAAAACCACGAAGAGACGUCUGUCUCCGGAAACCCUAGAGCUUAUACGUCAGCGUGGAGCAGCACGAGCCACAGGGAACCAAGAACUCACGUUCGAACUCGCAAGGCUUUGCAGAGAAGCGAUAAAAGAAAACCCAAAAUGGCCUAAAAAGCCGUAA